AUGAAUGUUUAUAGUAGUAAGAAUUGUUUAAAUCUAUAUAGAGACCUUAUUAGAGGUGCUAGAUUGUUGAUGGUAGAUGUCUCUAGAAAAGAUAGAUCACUUUCUGGCUUUGCAACCAAAACUAUUAGAGAGAAAUUCAGAGAAAACCAAAAGGUAUCUGAUCUAUCUCUAAAGAAACAUUUAUACGAACAAGCUCAAGUAGAAUUUAAUCAUAUGAAAAGUUUAGUUGAAAAUCAAAGUGUAAUAAAGUAUCCAUGUUCAAUCAAAAUUAGACCAGAUGUUGUACAGAAAUCAAAGAUAUUACUAUCAUCCAACACACAAGAGAAAAUGAAAAAGAACAAGUGGGGAUUUAUGGAUCGUUUGAUGGUUGUCUUUUCAAUAUAA